CAGCCCACACUGCGGUCCUGUCACACAGGGUGGCCGUAAAAGGUGGCUUUGCCAGGGUGCGACUGGAGCUUCGGGCGGGGGUCGGCGCCGGUCGCAGACUUCUAUUCCCCCCCUCUGCGGUGGACUCGGCUGCAAAAGCGGAGGCCCCCCCUCCCUUUCCCCGACGAUUUCCCACCUAGGCGGUGGCAAGGAGCGCUCAGACCUCUCCCGACCGCGUUUCCCGCUCCCGGUCGCAUGGCGGAAAGGAAACUGGUGGUCGUGUUUGGAGCCACUGGUGCCCAGGGAGGCUCAGUGGCCCAGACGCUUCUGGAAGAUGGGACGUUCAGGGUCCGAGUGGUGACCCGAAACCCUAGGCAGAGGGCGGCGAAGGAGCUGAGGCUGCAAGGUGCAGAAGUAGUGCAGGGAGACCAGGAUGACGAGGCCAGCAUGGAGCGGGCCUUGACAGGGGCACACGCCGCCUUCAUCGUGACCAACUACUGGGAGAACUGCAGCCAGGAGCAGGAGGUCAAGCAGGGGAAGCUGCUGGCCAACCUGGCCAAGCGCCUGGGCCUCCGCUACGUGAUCUACAGCGGCCUGGAGAACGUGAAGAAGCUGACGGCGGGGAGGCUGGCGGCGGGCCACUUUGACGGCAAAGGGGAAGUGGAGGAGUACUUCCGGGACAUCGGUGUUCCCAUGACCAGCGUGCGGCUGCCCUGCUAUUUCGAGAACCUCCUCUCGGCCUUCCUGCCCCAGAAGGCCCCGGACGGAAAGAGCUACUUGCUGAGCUUGCCCAUGGGUGAUGUGCCCAUGGACGGCAUGUCGGUGACCGACCUGGGCCCCGUGGUGCUCAGCCUGCUGAAGAUGCCAGAAGAAUACGUGGGCCAGAACAUCGGGCUCAGUACCUGCAGGCACACGGCGGGGGAGUACGCCGCCCUGCUCUCCAGGCACACCGGGAAGACCGUGCAUGACGCCAAGACCACCCCCGAGGACUUCGAGAAGCUUGGCUUCCCCGGUGCCCAAGACCUGGCCAACAUGUUCCGUUUCUACACCCUGAAACCCGACCGUGACAUUGAACUGACCCUGAGGCUCAACCCCAAGGCCAGGACGCUGGAACAGUGGCUGGAGCAGCACAAAGGGGACUUUGCCAGUCUGUGACCCUGCCACCUCUCAAGCCCGUGGGGGGGGGGGAGGUGCAGUCACAGGGAUCCUUUCUUGUGUGAUCCAGAAGUUUAUUUUUUAAAUAAAGGCCGUUGUUCUCACAGA